UUCCCUCGCGCCGUCCGCGUAAUAUCAACAAACAGUUUUAAAAUAUGUGAACGCCGAAGGCGGCGCGGCCUCACGCUCGGAGAAAACCCGUCAGCGUUAAGAGCAGCGUUUCCUCCCGGAGCCCCGGCCGCGGUUCUCCGCCUAAAGAUGUCAGCGAGCUGGAGGCAGUGGUGGAGGACCGAUUCAAUGCAGGCCUGAGUGGAGGAUGACAACAAUGUGCACCUUUUCCCAAGAGGCACCCAGCCUCGUGGUGACCGCUGUAGCCUCUUUGGGGCAGGUGUGAGUGGCCCCUCAUCUGGCUUUGGCGGGAUUAUGCUGACGGCUGGCCAGCAUGACUCCGCUGGACCUGUGGCUCUCACGCUCCAUCCCCAUGUGCCUCCUGCUGCACAGUCUGGUGCUCAUGGCCAUCUGCUUCCCCUCGGCCAGCAUGUGUCCCAAGGGCUGCGCCUGUCAGCAGGCCGACUACUCCCUGCAUGGCCUCAACGUUACCUGCAGCCUGUCCCGCCUGAGAGAGAUCCCGCCAGACCUUCCUCCAGACACAGUGCUGCUGCAGCUGGACCACAAUCACAUCCAGGCAGUGCCAGACCGCGCCUUCCAAGGUCUGAGAAUGCUGCGGAGGCUCAACUUGUCCCAUAAUGCGGUGGAAACCCUCGGAGAGGGUGCCUUCCUUGGCUUGGAGGCUUCUCUAGAGGAACUGGAUCUGUCACACAAUCGCAUCACCAGCGUGCACAAGGACGCUUUUGCGCGGCUCAAGGCCCGUGUGCAUGUGGACGACAACCCGUGGCACUGCGACUGCGCCCUGCAGCAGGCGCUGGGUGGCAUGGCACACAACCACGAGGCAGCAGCGCGUGUCCACUGCCGCAGCUCGGAGCUGAGGGACCAGGAGGGCCGACCGUUUUUGGCUGUGGACGCCGACUUGUGCAUCCUGGCCCGACGCACCACUGACUAUGCCAUGCUGGUGACCAUGUUCGGCUGGUUCGCCAUGGUCAUCUCCUAUGUGGUGUACUAUGUAAGGCAGAACCAGGAGGAUGCACGGCGACACCUGGAGUACCUCAAGUCGCUGCCCAGCAAGCCUAAGAAACCUGAUGAGCCUGAGGACAUCAGCACCGUGGUUUGACCCUGUCAAAACAAAACACGCAAGGGGGCCUGUCGGGGCACUAGCUGUUUACGCCACACAAAGGCCUUCGGUGAUCGAGGGGAAAAAAAUCUAAACGAAAACAGGAGCAGAUAGAUUACUGAGAGCAAUUUAGUCUCAAGCACUACUCGAGCUGCAUUAAUUUUACCAGAAGAGGUUCUGUGAUGUAAUUUGGGCUGGAUUUGACUGGCCAGUUCAUGCUGGAUCAAAUGUCUGUGUGAUUUCCACAAACAGACCUAACAUGAGCAUUACACUAUAAGUGCCAGACUCAAUAACAAUAACAACACGGAGGAUUUUAGCAGGGAUCGUUUUUAUUAUUAUGAAGGAUUAGAGCAGAACUACUGUGCAAUCCAAUCCGCAGUUAUGAUUUGCAAAUCUAAGAACAUUGCAGAUUAAUACCAGAUUAAAAUCAAGGAUCUUGUCAGCAAUCCCUCAAAUUACAGUGCCUCUCUGUGUGAAACUAAUCCAACUCAAAUAGGGCUUUACUCAAGCUAAGACACUGACCAUAGUUGUAGUCUACUACUCAACCUGUGUCUUCUCUUUUCCCAGUCGUGCAUUACUGUUGCAUAGUAUUUAGGUCAAUUUGUAAUACUAUUCCUAACUAUGUGUCCACAAGAGUUUCUUGUGACUUCAACAGUGGCAUUAGUACCAAUAACCACUAGAUCUUGCAAAGGGAGACAGUGUAAAUGUUCUGCUUCUGACUGCAUUGGAACGUGUGAUUUUAUGUUCCGGCUGUUAAAAUUCAAUUAACACAAACUACCCAUGUCUAUAAAAGAGAUGAUUAACAUAUUUAUAACCAAUACAGGUAUUUUGGGAAUUCAAAGCUCAGGUGUAAAUGUUGAUAUAGAUUUCAGUGACUUGUGAAACCCCUAAAAUUGUUUUGUUUUUCUGAAGUUUUCUAAGCUAUUUAUUGAGUGGCCUCUUCAUACACAGUAUCGUUCAGGAUGUGGUGUCUAAAAUACACGUCUAAAAUCAUUCGAUUACCUUUAAACUCUGCAGACUUUAUUAGCUGUUUGAUAAUCACAGAAGAAAGGGCGUAGGCAUAGUGCUCACAAACCGGCAAGUGAUAUUUUUUCUGACAUCCUUGGAUUUUUGUUUUGUUUAUCUCUGUUACCUCACUGUUGUUAAUGUGUGGUUGUUGAAUAGUGCAGCCCUGAAAUGUCAGUGUGUUGAGUUCUGUGUGAUCCAGACUGCAGUAGCAGCAGGGCACAGUCAAUAUUUUCUUCGUGGUCGGUUACGUCAAGCAGUUGAGCCCCUUGUUAUUUUCCAUAACUCACUCUUGGCUAUAAUAUCCCCAAAUGUGCAACAGCCAUCAGCAACCCCACAUUGGCCAUCAAGAUCACUAACAGCAGUGAUCACUAAGCAGUUGAAGUGACUAAUGCGUUUCUGCGAAAGGCAGUUCAUGGUGAAGUCUUAUUCUCGUGCCACAUUACAGCUCGGCUUCCGAUUUCCAAAUUGCUCCUUCCGUUGCAGAGACGAAAGACAUAUGGUAAUUAUUUUGGUGGAUCCAAAAGGCCCUACUGGACCUAACAAUCACAUUUCACAGUGGCUAGUUACCUGUGUGCAAUCCCUCACUGGGCGUAUAGUAAUCUGACCAGCCCAUAUGUGGACUGUGAAUAGCAGCAGCCAGUCUUCUUGCAGCCCCGUCACUGUUCGGGCAAAACAAGUGAAAUGGAAGAGAGUGGUCAAGAAAAACAGAACAGGCACAGUGGUUUUGCACUACAGCUAUACGGUUAAUGUAGCUAACGAAUAAUAGAAGCUUACUCCACCAAUUAGCUUUCCUUAAACUGUCUUGAGUUGGUCAGAUUCUCAAAUAGACUUACUUAUGUGGUUUCUGUGGCCCAAACCCAUUUCACCCCUUGCCUCUACCACUUAGCCAUUACUGAAAAAGGAAGAAUUGGCACACAAUUCUUACUGAAGAAUUAUGGGUGGGCCGUAAUAAAUAAUUGCCCCCUCUUUGAAAGCAUAUGAUUCCCUAAAUGUAAUUAAAGCCCAGCAGUGAACAUUUCCCAUCUCUGCUAUCACUGAAGAUGGGCUGUUUUUUUGAUGGUCCCAUUUUGUAGGGCAAAAUUUCAACCACUACCCCUUGCAAUUCAGUUCCAAGGGGUUAGGGUGACACUCGAAAACAAGGGGUAGGGGUAAAAAGAAGAAAUGGGAUUGGGCCUCUAUCCGUAUGUGUUGACCAUAAAGUACACUACAUGUCCCUAAGUAUGCAGACAGCCUUUCUAAUGAGUGAAUUCCGCUACUUUAAGGUUAGUGCAUCUCCUAAGAACACCACUGACUAAUAGAAUACAACUCUCUUUAGCCUCAAGUCUCCACACCCAAAGCCAAGCAUUAGAGGCUAGGGGCCUAUAAAGCCCCCCAACAUUGGGCUGUGGAGCAGUGGAACUGUGUUCUCUGGAAGGAUGGAGCUCCAUCCAGUACCUUUGGAAUGAGUUGGAGUGAUCCAGAACUGAUCAUCCAACAUCAGUACCUGACCCCACUAAUGGGCUUGUGGCUGAAUGCAAUCAAAUUCUCACAGCAGUAUGUCAACAUCUAGUGUAAAGUCUUCCAAGAAAAGUUGAAGUGGUUACUGCUCUCAACCUGUUAGUACCCUUUAUUUCAGAAGAAGCGUUGGAUGAGCAGGUGUCUGCAGAGUUUUUAAUAGCUUAAAACAGUAGUAGCAGAAUUUUCAUACUUUUCAUGGAUGUUCCUUUUUCCAUGUGAUGAUCAUGGCAAUGAUUUAGACAUAUAGUUUAGCACAAUGCUAAUUCAUGGGGUAGGCCUACAAGCUUCCACAUUAGCUACAAUAACCAUAUAGAUGUAUAAAGCAAACGCUGUACAUGUCUUGGCUGAAUGAAUACAUUUCAGGUAAGGACACAUUUGUAUGAAUGUGAUUUUUAGACAGUCUAUUCAUAUAGGGGUUGCUUUCCUAGACAGGGAUUAAGCCUAAUCCUGGACUACACAUUUCUUUUAAUGAAGAAACUCCGUUCAGAAUGCUGUGUAGUCCAGGACUAGACUUAACGAGUGUCCAGGAAACCAACCGUAAGACCUUUAAUAUGGGAGAAGAUGAGGGUAUCACAAGUUGUCACCUCCUCCGAUAGCUUAAUCUGUAAAGUGCUUUCUAUUAAAUUUUUUUCAAGUAUAAUUCCAUCAAUGUUUCAAGAUUUCUGCAUAAUUAAAUAAUUAAAACGUCAUUCAGAGUGGUUUGAUGUGAAAUAAACUGUUCCAGAGAAACUUACCAAGCCAGAAUUGUCCACAGUGGUCAUGAUAGGAACAAGACGUCUGAAGAGCUUAAUGCCUCUAAAAGCUACCUCACGAAAAGCUGUUACAUGAAAUGGAUAUGAAAAUUUUUCUUAUGCUUUAUGGCACUUAAAAACAUAUUGUUUAAAAUUCAUUUAUCCAUUGAGGCACGUGCAAGACCUUUUAAGGUAAUACAGUUCCUAAUUUUUAAGAAUUCCCACUAUUUUACCAUCAUGUUGCAUAUAAAAAUGAGAAGACACCGAGUUAAGUUCACUAGUGAUUUUGUAUAGUAAAUAAAAUGGCUAUAGUUGUGACCCCUGGUUCCCAUCACCACUACUAUAAAGAAGUCUGACUCUUUUUCUACAAUAUACUAUUUCACAUUAAAACAGUCAGAAUGACUUGGGCUGCGUUCACAUUAGCAGGUUGAAGUGGCACAAAUCAGAUUUUUUGCCCUAACGUGACUCAGAUCUGAUGUUUUCAGGGCUGUGU